AUGGCAGGCAAGAAGUGUUGUAGACUUUCUGCCCUUCAGAUGGUGCUGAUCGUUCUGCUCGUCAUUGUGACAGCUGUCUGUGUGGCACUGGCUGCAGUGUUGAUUGUCAAGACAAACAAAAAAGAAACCAAUCCUCAGGGUACACCUUACCUGAUAGGCGUCGGCCGAGCAGACUGCACAGGACCACCAGCUGAAAUCCCUCUGAUGGGUUAUGCAAACUCUCAGCAGAAAGCUGCAGGGAUACACACCCGUCUUUACAGUCGAGCUUUCAUCAUCGAUGAUGGGAGUCAGAGAGUUGUAUUCGUCACCGUAGAUGUGGGGAUGAUUUCUCAGAGGCUAAGACUGGAGGUUCUAAAGGCUUUGAAGGAGAAGUAUGGUGACUUGUACAGACAUGAUAACGUGGUCCUGAGUGGGACACACACCCAUUGUGGACCAGCAGGUUAUUUCCAGUACACCCUUUUUAUGCUUGCCGGUAAUGGAUAUAUCAAGGCAUCCAUUGAGCCACUGGUCAGCGGCAUCGUAAAGAGCAUUGACAUUGCCCACAGUAAGAUGAAGCCAGGCAGGAUUUACAGAAACAAAGGAGAGAUAUACGACAGCAGUCUGAACAGAAGUCCUCACUCCUAUCUGAACAACCCAGAAAAAGAAAGAAGCAGGUACAAGGCAAACACAGACAAGCAGGUGUUGGUGCUGAAGUUCACAGAUCUGGAUGGCGAUGGGAUCGGUAUGAUCAGCUGGUUUGCUGUACAUGCUGUCAGCAUGAACUACACCAAUCGCAUGGUGAGCAGUGAUAAUAUGGGUUAUGCUUCCUACCUACUGGAGAGUGACAAGAACCCUGGAGAGCUACCUGGACAGGGAGGUUUUGUUGCUGGUUUCUCCUCCAGUAACCUUGGUGAUGUCAGUCCAAACACCAGAGGACCUUAUUGUGUGAACACUGGGCUUCCCUGUGACUAUCUUAAUAGUUCUUGUCCUAUCGGAGGGACUAAAAUGUGUCAGUCGUUUGGGCCAGGAGCAGACAUGUUUGACAGCACACAGAUUAUUGGUCACAACAUCUACAUGAAGGCUAAAGAGCUGUAUGCGAACGCAGUUGACGAGGUCACUGGUCCAGUUCGGUUUGCUCAUCAGUGGGUCAACAUGACAGACGUGACUGUUAAGAUCAAUGACACGCACACGGUCAGUACAUGUAAACCAGCUAUGGGUCACAGUUUUGCUGCAGGAACAAUAGAUGGAGGAGGAGACUUGAAUUUCACUCAAGGUGCUGUUGAGGGAGACCCAUUCUGGGAUGGGAUUAGGGAUGCUCUGCUGGGCCCACCAUCAAACGAGACACAGAAAUGUCAUCAUCCCAAACCAAUUCUGAUCAGCACAGGCGAGAUGAACUGGCCCCUUCCAUGGCAUCCUCAGAUUGUGGAUGUUCAGAUCAUCGUCAUCGGAUCUGUAGCAGUUCUAGCUGUCCCUGGAGAAAUGACCACUAUGUCAGGGAGGCGUCUUCGAGAAGCUGUCAAAGAGGAGCUGAAGUCUUCAAGUACUUUCAAAAACACAGAGGUGGUGAUUGCUGGACUUAGUAACAUCUACACUCACUAUAUAACCACCUACGAGGAGUACCAGGUGCAGCGUUAUGAAGGAGCAUCCACCAUCUAUGGCCCACACACGCUCACUGCUUACCUGCACAAGUUCCGUGAACUAGCCAAAGCCAUCGUCCAGGACAGAGUGUCAGAGUUGCCAGUUGGUCCUGAGCCUCCCUUCUUUACAAACGUUUUUAGUUUAAUGGGUACAGCAGCGGCGGACGGGAAACCUGAAAACACCAGCUUUGGAGAGGUUCUGGAGCAGGUUCUUCCACUCUAUAGACAGGGAGAUGUUGUCUCAGUCACAUUUGUUGCAGGAAAUCCUCGGCAUUCAGGAGACAUUAGAGAUAAAACAUUUGUCACCGUGGAAAUUUAUGAUAAUAGAACAGAAACCUGGGAGGUUGUUUACAAUGAUGCAUCAUGGGAGACCAGGUUUCACUGGCUGAAGGGUUCAAAUCGAGAGAGUAACGCCACAGUAGAAUGGCACAUCCCCCAAUCAGCUCCUACUGGCUUCUACAGGAUCAGACACUUUGGGCAUUACAAAGAGCUGCAAGGCCUGAAACCCAUCAUCACACCAUAUGAAGGCUCAUCCGAUGUCUUCACAGUCACGUCCAACUAUUAUUACUCAGAUAACUGACUUGUUCACAACCACAAUUCCACAUCAUAGGAGAACCAAUCGCCUCGUGGAGCCUCUAUAAAACUUUCAGAUUUAUU